GAAAGGGAGGGGGAGCUGCAAGCAGCUGUGAGCUGGCAGAAGCUUCGCACUCAGCUGGGCUGCUCCUCCUGACCGGGCUGGCUGGCUGGUGGGCAGACGGCGGCGGGGGAGACGAACUUCCGCACAAGGACACCUUUCCUCCCCGCGAAAACGACGACAAAGCAGCAGCAAAAGCCGCCCUGCCUCCAUUUUCCAGCAGCAGCCCGUCACUCCGUGUGUGCGUCGCCCCUACCUCCUUCUUGCUUUCAACUUGACCAGCGUUGCCGUUGAGCGAUGCGCUUCGAUGAACACCAGGAGAGCACCCUUUUGGGCAAGCUUUUGCUUCACGGUUCAUUUGGAGUUUUGACAGUCGGCUCUUGAGCAGGCAUGGCCAACUAAACCAGGGGCUGUCAACUUGGACUGUCGUGCUGCUUGCUCGAUGCGCUUGGGAGUCCAAAACACGCGAGAAUGGUGUGCGAAGGGAGUGCCUGCCCAGACACCGACUCAUCAUCCUCAUAAUACUUUGCUUCAUAUUUGCAUCUUAUUGAAAGAAGGGGGGAGGGGGGGGGACACAAGUACUACGUAUUGACGACCACUUUGGCUCUGAGCACCACGCAGGAGGACUUUGCUUGGCCAAGUUUGGAGGCGCUUAGAAGUUUACCAUUGUUGGAGAGAAAUACCUCCGCAGCGGGACAGUGGAACUCCAGAUGCAUUUAACUUGCAAGACAUCACAGGUGCUGUCAUGCUUUCCCUGGACGAGCCCCUGGACCUGAAGCUCCCUCGGCGAACCAACGGACGGGACCUGGGGUCAUGCUCGGUGCCCCGCUCACCAAUGAUAGCCAAAAGGGCUCGCCGUCUUUGCAUGACAAAUGACGGUACGGCGGUUCUCGAUCCUGCCUCCCUGGGAUUCCCGCAUGGAGCUGUCUUGGGUAUGCGGGUAGCCUUCACCGACCGAACAGAUACCCCCACGCCCCCUGCAGUGGAUCUGAGCACAUCUCCUUCCUUCCUUGCUCAAACACCCGUCUCACCUGAGAUGGCCAACGGCAGCUACACUCCCGCAGCGUUUUUUGUAACGAUCGGAGCUGGGGCGGGACUUCGCCUACCGUCGUCCAUGUUCGUUGGCCAAGUGAGUGAUAAAAGGGCAUCACAUGACCUCUCGUCCGACGAACAGCUGGCUUGUCGCUGGAAGAAGUGCCACCUGCUCUUUGACUCUCUUCAAGACCUGGUGGACCAUGUCAACGACUUCCACGUCAAGCCAGAGAAAGAGUCGGGCUACUGCUGCCAAUGGGACGGCUGCUCUCGUAAAGGGAGGGGCUUCAACGCCAGGUACAAGAUGUUGAUUCACAUCCGCACGCACACAAAUGAGAAGCCUCACCGCUGUCCCACCUGCAACAAGAGCUUCUCGCGCCUCGAGAACCUCAAGAUACACAAUCGCUCGCACACAGGCGAGAAGCCCUACUUAUGUCCCUACGAGGGUUGCAACAAGCGCUACUCCAACUCCAGCGACCGCUUUAAGCAUACGCGCACACACUACGUGGACAAGCCCUACUCUUGCAAAAUGGUCGGCUGCCUGAAGCGCUACACCGACCCCAGCUCUCUACGCAAGCACAUCAAGGCCCAUGGCCACUUUGUGGCUCAGGAGCAGGGCUCGCUGGCCGGACUGGGCUCCUUGCUGAAGGGAAGCCAAAGUGGGGCUUUGGCUAGCGGAGGGGCCAAGGACUGCGCCAUGUCCUAUGUGAGUGGGGCUCACGUUAUCAUUCCAGGGGCGAGAGCCGCUCUCCUGGGUGCCCACACACUCCAGGGUCUGGGUGGAUCUCUUCCCUCGUCCCCCCUCAGUUCUCGGCCCCUGGACCUCAGCACGUUGAGUUGCUCCGGCUCCCAGCCAAGGAGCUUGGGACCGGCUUCCGUUCUAUCUUUCAAUAGCUCCUCACUAGGCCUGGCCAAAUCCCCUCUGGUCUCCGCAUCGUUGUCCUCCUCCACCCUCGGUAUGCCUCCCAUGCUGGGGGCGAGUGUCGAGUGCAGGGACCCCAGCCUCCAGGACAAAAAGGGUCGAGGACCGGAGGCCGAGAACAAUGUGACUGAAGGGGUGCUUAACCUUUCCACAGGAGGGUCUCAUGAUCCCUUGUCUUGGGUGGUUAUCCCCCCGGGCACUGUGAUGCUCAAGCCGGCUGUGGUAAACUGACACACACACAUGCACACGCACGCACGCAAACACGCACGCACGCAUUCCAAAAGAGCUCAGGGGGUCAUGAUGGGAGGGGGAACGGACUUACAGGCGGUCAAGGGAGGAGGGGGUCGGCUCACACAGCUUCAAAAAGGGUAGAAUAUGUACGACAAUGUGGUGACUUGACCGGCGCUACGUAUGCAAGAGUUGUAGAACGCAGGCCUCUUUUGUUGUCGAGGGGCUUAAGAAUAUUUCUAUCUCCUUUCUCGUUUUAUACUCGAUUCCUUCCUUGUUGGUUCUGUGGACAGAGCCCGUAAAGGACAAAGUCUCAGACACGUCCUUGAAUUCUUUGCAGUAUUUGUCAAAGAUGACCAUGUGCCUCUGGCCAAGCAGCGAGAUUGACAAGGAAACAGAUUGACACACACUGCGCUGGGCAAACGUGCACUCAGUUUCCCUUUUAAACAGAAGCUACAGAGUUCUGUACGAUUCAGACGAGCUUGCUUGAUCAACGCAGGUGACUGUAAAGGGUCUUGGACGGUUCAGUUACACAUAGCACUUAGUUAUGGUCCCAAAACCUCCAAACUGCUGCUAGCCUCUUGCGGUGACUGGGAGCAGGUCUCUUUUCCUGACAAUCAAUGGAUCCCCAUUUUGGGGAAGCCAACCAACAUAGACCAGCCUGAAUUUCCAGCAGAAUUUCUCACCAGGCAGAGUAGAUUGCUUUGAUAGCCAUCUGAGGUGAGGGACGAGAAGGCACUGCUGUUUGGCUCCCCUCUAGUGGCAGGACGAGCGUAAUGGACUGAACACGGCCGGUUUGCGUAUGAAAGGCCCAGUGUGGUGAUAAACACUGCUGUCUUGUGUUUCUUGAAAACCAUCUGUGAAAAACAGAUGGCUUUCCACUCACCGCUUCAUGUAGUUAGUUGGUUUUUGUCGUGCGUUCAACAAAAUGUGCCAAAAAUAGCAGAGGGAUGGAUGUUCAUAUUAGGUUGGGGGAGGGUCUAAACAUUUAGUGUCCAACUCUAGCUGGAAUGACAUUGAAAAAGCAAACUGCCUUAUUUCAACAAAAAAAGCUUGAUCGUAGGUUGCUCAAGCUGUCGCCAUGCACGUAGCAUAAAACGGACUUGCUUCCUCAUCAUUUUAUGGAACCUUACUGCCAAUUAUUAUUUUUUUUUUCCGUUGAGCCAUCUUUUUUCCCAAUACGCUUUUUUAUUCACAUUUUUUCCAUGUACAACAUUCAUAAACAAUUUCACAAAAUACGUCUUACAUGGUAUUUCUUUACAAAAAAAUACAAAUAAUGAAAUUAUGAAGUAGCAAAAUCUAAAAUGAGUAAAGCAUGUAUCCCAAACAUUUUGUCUAUUAUAUGUUUAAAUUAACUUAAAAGAACAAAACAAAACAGCGUCUCCUUAUUUGUAAUAUUGCAACUGGUAAAAUGAGUGUUUCCCGCAGGGGCUCAAAAGUCAACAAGGUUAUCAGAAAAGUCCAAGUCUUUUACGAAAUCAAUAAAAGGCCUCCAAAUCUCUUCAAACAAAUGUUGUUUGGCUUUACGUAUAUAUGUUAUUCUUUCCAAUGGAAGACAAGAGAGCAUUUGUUUUAGCCACUGGGAGGUGUUCGGUCCAGUAACAUUUUUCCAGGUCAGAGCAAUACAUCUUUUGGCCAUUAACGAGCUUAUAUCAAUAAAAAUUGAGUCUGUUUUACUGAAGUUGUGUUUCUCUGGAUAUAGAGCCAGUAUAAACAGCGAGGGCUCCAAAGUAAGCUCUUUUGAUAUUAUUUUCUCUAUUUGAUCCUUUACUUCUAACCAAAAAUGUUUUAUCUGACUGUAUUCCCACAUACAAUGUAUUAACGUUCCUUUUAAGCCACACUUUACACAGAUAUCUGGAAUAUUCUUAUUGUAUUUAUUCAAUUUAACAGGUGUCGUGUACACUCGCUGUAACCAUUUAAAUUGUAUUACUCUUAGACGGCUAUUAAUAGAUAUUUCCUGUGAUUUUCUGCAAACUUUUCCCCAUUCUUGCUCACUGAUUUUAGUAUUUAGAUCAUUGUUCCAGGAUAAUAAUUUACUUCUUGAAUUUUCAUUUGAAUUUGUUUGUAGUAGGAUGUAAAAUUCUGAGAUUAUGCCUUUUCUUAAUUUAUUCUUUAACAGCAAGUUUUCCAGCCGUGUUAAUGGGAUCCUUCGUAGGUCACUUUGAUACCCUUUUACAAAACUUCUCAGUUGCAGGUAUUUAAAGUAGUGUUUUUUGUCAAGAUUGAACUCAACCUCGAGUUCUCCAAAGGUCAUAAAGUCAUCAGACUGUGGAGGGUAGAGAUUCCCAACUGUCCCCAGCCCCUUAGUCGCCCAUAUUUUGAAAGUGGCAUCUGCUCUUCCAGGAGUAAACAACUGGUUACCCCAUAUCGGACUUAGUUGCGAUAAUGUUUGUGUAUCUCUAAGAUACUUUCUGACAUCAUACCAUACUUGCACCAUUUGUUUCAAAAGAGGAUUUGUUAUUUGUUUUAAUAAUUGUUUUUUUGUGUCAGAAUAAAAAAAUGUGUGCAGAGGUAA